UUCUGCGUUUUGUGUAGCGCCUGAAGGGUUGAAAUAUGCUCCUCUCUUUGUUUACUGUUGUGCUAUCAUCAGAUAAUAGCUUCUUAUGCUUUCGCCGAAAAUCCUUUUUAAAUCUGACAUGUUGGGUGGAUUCACGAGUGUAGCUUUAAUUUAGUAUCUUACAUGUGUGAUUUAAUGAGUUAGAUUUUUAUAUAAUUUUAUUUGAAUUUGCCGCGCUGCAUUUUCCCUGGCUUUUGGCCAAGUGGGACGCAAGCGUCCCCUAUACCUUAAUUAAGGUAAUACAGUAUGUCAACAACCUAUUACUGUGUUCUGAACCCCAGCAAGCAUGCAAAGUUGACACCAAGCUCUGUUAGUGUUUCUAGCUGAAAAUGGCCACAAAGUUUCCAAGAAAAAUAUACAACUUGUCUACCAAACAGUUGUAUAUCUGGGACAUGACAUUACACCUAAUGGUAGGAAAUUGGGUUUGGAGCAUGGGGCUGCAAUUCUCUUGAUACCACAGCCAGUUACAAAACAGCACAUGAUGACACUCACAGGAAUGGCAGGCUAUUGCAGAGCUUGGCUACCUGAUUAUGCUGAAGUCACUCAGCCACUUUCUGAUCUCAUUCACAGCCAAAAGAUGGAGAUGAAUGAUAAGAGAAAGUGGACACCUGGAGAACUGCAGGCAUUUGACAAAAUUGAAACAAUUGCUAACCUCUUCUCCUUGUUUGUUGAUGGCUCUGCCCAAAAGUCACCACAGGGUGAAUAAUUUGUGGCCUAUGCAGUCACUACUGCUGUUGAUACAUUAUAGAGGGCAAAACUGCCAUCACAUCUGUCAGCUCAGGCUGUAGAAUUGUUUGCACUGACUAGAUAGUGUUAUUCAGAACAUCUCUGAAAGUUUGCAGAUUGACCUGCGAACACAUUGUAGUUAUCAUCCGUCCACUGGUGGUCUUGAAGAGCGAGCCAACCAAAUGCUGAAAAUGAAAUUGGCUAAACUGAUGGCUGAGACCGGAUUGCCAUGGGUAACAGUAAUGCCUCUGGCUCUGAUGUACAUGCGUGGACGCACGCAUCGUACAACCAGUUUAGCACCUCAUGAAAUACUCACAGGAAGACCCAUGAGAAUGCUUAUCACUCCAUUCCCACAGAACAGGUUGACAUUUAUGGGUUAUGAGGAUCAAAUGGUAAGUUACUGUGUUGCACUUAACAAUGUUCUGAAGUCUAUUUUUCCCAGGGUGACAGUGGCUUUACCUGAAUCAAAAGGGAGGACCAUUACAAACUUCAACCAGGCGAGCAGAAAGACCUGGCACCAACAGCGCUGGACUGUUCCAUUCCAGGAGCACCUAAUGACCCAGACAGUGGGGAAAGUUGCAGAGAGGUCUACACACAUAUAUAUAUAUUACUGCAUUGUCGGAACUAGAAGCACAAGCAUUUCGCUACACUCGCAUUAACAUCUGCUAACCAUGUGUAUGUGACAAAUAAAAUUUGAUUUGAUUUUGACAUGGGUUCACGCACAGUCACUGCAGGAAGGGUACCGCACAACCCAGAUGAAGAUGUACCAGCCGAUGUCCCAUCGUAGGCAACCCCAGAUGCCAUGGGGCGACCAGGACCGUUCUCUACGCAUCAUGUUUGUUGCUUUCAUGGUGGCGAAUCGCAUCUCUGCAUGUCUGGCAGACAUAUCAGUGUGGAUGACGGAUCACCACCUCAAGCUGAACCUCGGCAAGACGGAGCUGCUCUUCCUCCCGGGGAAGGACUGCCCGUUCCAUGAUCUCGCCAUCACGGUUGACAACUCCAUUGUGUCCUCCUCCCAGAGCGCUAAGAACCUUGGCGUGAUCCUGGACAACACCGUGUCGUUCUCAACUAACAUCAAGGCGGUGGCCCGUUCCUGUAGGUUCAUGCUCUACAACAUCCGCAGAGUACGACCCUGCCUCACACAGGAAGCGGCGCAGGUCCUAAUCCAGGCACUUGUCAUCUCCCGUCUGGAUUACUGCAACUCGCUGUUGGUUGGGCUCCCUGCCUGUGCCAUUAAACCCCUACAACUCACCCAGAACGCCGCAGCCCGUCUGGUGUUCAACCUUCCCAAGUUCUCUCACGUCACCCCGCUCCUCCGCUCUCUCCACUGGCUUCCAGUUGAAGCUCGCAUCCGCUACAAGACCAUGGUGCUUGCCUACGGAGCUGUGAGGGGAACGGCACCUCAUUACCUCCAGGCUCUGAUCAGGCCCUACACCCAAACAAGGGCACUGCGUUCAUCCACCUCUGGCCUGAUCGCCUCCCUACCACUGAGGAAGUACAGUUCCCGCUCAGCCCAGUCAAAACUGUUCGCUGCUCUGGCCCCCCAAUGGUGGAACAAACUCCCUCACGACGCCAGGACAGCGGAGUCAAUCACCACCUUCCGGAGACACCUGAAACCCCACCUCUUUAAGGAAUACCUAGGAUAGGAUAAAGUAA